AUGUCAACUGCAGAUUGCGUCUUCGACGUGCCUUCAGACGGCAUUCCUAGAGGCUCAGAAUAUGUUGCCAGCCUUGAAGCUCGCAUUGCUUCCCUUGAAUCUGAGCUCCGCAGCGUGCGUGCAUUUUCAUCUCCGCCCGAUCAACUGAUACCGGACGAUGGAAGUAGACAAUUGGGUGGCCAUGGUGCUGUUUCACUCCUCUCUGGCAAAGCGCCUUUGCUGAUUCUUGAGCAGUUUCUACGUCUCCUGGACGGAGGGCGAGGGCAGUUACACAUUCUACGAGGUCUCAUAACUCAACAAAGGACACCUUCUCCUUCACCCAGCAGUCUGCAAAACUCGCCCGAAUCGACCUCGGAAAUCACGAGCUUCAACAUGCUCCAGGGAGGAACAACGACCUCUGAGAUGCAGGCCUCCACUUUGCCUGAGCUUCCCUCACAAAAGGUCGGCCAUCUCCUGCUCGAGACUGUCUACCUUUACAUUCAAGCACGCUACUGUAUCGUUGAUUGGGUGCAAUUGCGUGAAUGGCAUCAACGGAGGGAAACCAUCUGCUAUUCGACAAAGGAGGAUGAUCUUGACAGCCAAACCGGCGCAUACUUUAUUUGGAUCAUCUAUGCCAUUGGGGCAGGGUUUGUUCCCAACCCGGAGUAUCCACCGAAGGCCUACUUUGCGCGAGCGCUUAAGUAUUUGCACCCGAUCUUGACACUGCAAAACUCGACCACCGUGCAAGCGCUGCUUUGCCUGUGCCAGUUUCACUUCCGAACGACCGUAAAUCUGUAUCGCUUACCAAUUCCUAGGCACCUUUCCGGCAUCAUCAUGCGCCUUUGUGUCGAGCUUGGUUAUCAUCGGAAAGCAUCUUCUGAUGUUAUGGAUCCCCUUGCGAUUGAGCUACAGAAGAGAUUCUUCUGGUGUGCUUACUGUUUUGAUCGCCUUGUAUCGACCAUGGCCAGGCGCCCUUUUGGCAUCCACGACUUAGAUAUCGAUACUCCCGUGAACGUUAACAUUGAAAGUACAGAUUCGGAGCAACUUGAAUAUCUUCAAUCCCGUCAGAGAGCUGGCGAGGAUGGCUGUCAAAUAGGCGGACUGACCUCGAUGAGUUCUGCAUUACAUCAUCUUGAAUUCUACCGCUUGAAAUCAAGAAUAAUGACCAGACUGUUUGGGCCACAUGCGCUUCCACCAACGUACGAAGAUGUUCAGGAACUACUUUCCAAGCUGGAUAAGUGGAUGGCAACAGCACCUCGGAACUGUCCGAACAGCCUUCCGCAACAGAGCGAGAUAAGGAAACAAGGCUUCUACCUUCAAGCAGUCCUUCUGACGAUGCGCCCUGUCCUAAUUCAGCAGAGUGUCGACGAACAUUUACUGCUUCUUUGUGCCGGAAAAGCUGCUGAUGCGUGCGAGGUGACCCUCCAAGCAACCUCCAUUCGAUGUAGGGCCUAA